AUGUUUUACGGUCUGGUGAUUCUCUUGUUUCUCGGGGAGGACCUGGGCGCUGAAAUGGGGACCACGCCCAAUCUGAAGCAGAUCGUGACUGGCCGGUGCUAUGAUUAUGUGACCCUGGUUAAUCCGAGCUUCAGGUACGACUGUGAGGAGAUCUGGAGAGAGUUCCAGGAGGCAGUGGUGAGGAGGCCUCCAUGCGACGUCUCAGUUUGGGACUACCGCAGAAUGUUCCGGGCCACACCGCAGGCCCUGCCCUGUGAUAGGCUGCUCUUCUGGAGUAAGACACGUGACCUGGUGCACAGCUACUCUGCUGUGGCCCGCCGUUUCUGGACACUGGAGGACACGCUGGUGGGAUACAUGUUCAACGACCUCAUCUGGUGCGGGCAGAAGGAGAGGGACAGAGGUUUUGAUUUCAGCUCCUGUCCAACCUGGUCGACCUGUAUGAACCAUCCUGUGUAUUCCCUGUGGAAGCAAGCCUCAGAAAACUUUGCGGCUUCAGCGUGUGGCAACAUCACCGUUCUGCUGAAUGGAUCCAUUGAGAACGCUUUCAAUAGAAAAAGUAUGUUCGGGAGCGUGGAGCUGGAUAAUCUGAACCCCAGGAUGGUGGACUACGUCAAUAUCAAGGUGGUCGCCAACUUGGAGGGGCCUUUCAUAGAGUCCUGCACACAUGGGUCCAUCCUGGAACUGAUAAAGAUCCUGAGGAACCGAGGAUUUCGCUGGACCUGCACGGACAGAGACGUGACCCUGAUGAUCCUUCAGUGCAUCCAGAACCCCAGGCGGUUCUCCUGCCAGUCGUACAGUCACAGCCUGCUGCAGGGACAGGCAGCACACCUGUAG